AUGCCGACUGUUAUUGAAACGAAUGGGGAAGCACUAAAUCCAAAUCUUCGAGGGCUUAUGCUCGUUAUCUAUCUUACUUUUGAAAGUCCUUACAACAAGCUUUGGAAUCACCUUGUUAUACGAUAUCUCUUUUUACGUUAUGAAAGAGGUUACCAAGCUAUGCUACAUAUGACCCCUUUUAAAGCACAUUAUGGGAGGCAAUAUCGAAGUCGUAAGGAGUUUGAUGUAGGAGAUAAGGCUCUAUUGCGUGUAUCUCCGAUGGGUGGGGUGGUCAGUUUUGGUUCACAGGGAAAGCUUAGUCAAAGAUUUAUAGGAAAUGGAAGAGGGAAAAACAAGCGAUCAUGGAAUAAAUCUGAGGAAGAGUGUUUGAUUAAUGGUUUGUUGGAGAUAAGUGCCGAUCCUUCAUGGAAAGCUGAUGGGAGUUUCAAAGGUGGUUUCAAGAAUAAGUUAGAGGAGAAAUUGAAUGAGAAGUUUCCCGGGUGUGGGUUGAAAGCUAUUCCCCAUAUUGAAUCAAAAAUCAAAUGGUUUAAGGAUAAAUAUAAUGUGCUAACUGAAAUGUUUCGCACUUCUGGUUUUUCUUGGAAUAAUGAAAAGAAUAUGAUUGUUUGUGAAAGGCAAUCUUAUGAAGAAUUUUGUAAGCAACACAGAAAUGCUCAAGGAUUAUGGAAUGUUCCUUUUCCAUUUUAUGAUCAAUUGUCAAUUAUCUUUGGUGCCGAUCGAGCUACUGGAGUGCAAUCUGAGACUUUUGUCGAAGCUGUUGAGAAUCAAGAGAAAGAGACCAUUGAACUAGAUAAGGGUGAUAGUGAUGAAGACGAUGAAUUUGAUGAUAAUGAGUCCGUCAACCAGUCAAAACAAUCAACUCCAAGUGAACCUUCUUCAAAGAAAGGCAAAAAGGAAAAGGCUCCAAAUGAACUAGCAAGGAAAAGGAAGAAGCCGGAGGUUGUGGAUUUAACUUCUUCUUUUAACAAUAUGUCUUCUAGCUUUUCAAAUCAUAUGAAUGAGAUGAACAAGCACAUGUCUACCAUUGCAAGUGCCUUCUCUACUACACAACUACAUGAGCAAGCUAUCAUGGCUCGUGAAGAAGUUGAGGAAAAUAAAAAAAAAAUUUGGUUAGUGAAUUGCUUCGCAUAGAAGGAUUGACAAGAUUUGAAAUGAUGGAAGCUUCCAAGAGGUUGGCCUCCAAUCCAAGUGAACUCUCACUCUUUUACCAAUGCCCG